AGUGGUGGCGGGACGGUCCCACGAGGAGUGGCGGAAUAAUGGGACGGGGACCGAGACCGGGACGGGGACCACGACAAAAACAGGGAUCGGGACCGAAACAGGGACAGAGACCGGGAUCGGGACCGAAACAGGGACAGAGACCGGGAUCAGGGCCGAAACAGGGACAGAGACCGGGAUCAGGACCGAAACAGGGACAGAGACCGGGAUUGGGACCGAAACAGGGACUGAGACCGGGAUCAGGACCGAAACAGGGACAGAGACCGGGAUCAGGACCGAAACAGGGUCGGGGACCGGGACCGGGGCGGAAAGCAGGAGCGGGACAGAAAGCGGGACCGGGGUCGGAACAUGGACCGGCUGUCCCACUGCGCAGCAGGAAAGAGAAGAAGGACAACAUGAAGCCCAAACACCCCGAGGAACAGGAGAUCCCGUUCCGCCUGCGGGAGCUCAUGCGGAGCCGCGAGGCCCUGAAGUGCCCAGCUCCUGGGAAGAAGCAGGUGGCAGAGAAGAAGCAGCAGCAGGAGUCCAAGGGCCCCAAGACCGCGGGGGACACCUCUGUGCCCAAGUUCCGGAGGGGCAAGGGGGAGUCGGAGCGUUCCUACAUCUGCCGCAUGGAGCAGGAGGUGCAGCGCGUCCUCUUCCUCACGGAGAACCAGCUCCAGCGGGAGCCUGAGAAGGAGGCGACGGCUCCAGAGAAGUCCAAAAGGAAAAAAGAGUUUCAGAAAAGGAAGCUGGAAAAAGCCCGGAAGAAGAAGGAGGAGAAGAAGGUGGACAUGCUGGAGAAGAGCCUGUUGCAAGACACGGUGCCAUUUGGAGAGGUGGUGACACAGCCACCCACCAUCACCUCACGGCCCAGGGGACAGGGUCCUGCUGAGCAGGCUGGACGGAAGCAGCUCCUCCUGACGCCUCGCCUGGGCCGGAGCCAGGCGUCCCCCGCGUCCCCUGUGUCCCCGGUGAUGUCGAUGGCUCGGCAGCGCAUCCUGCAGGAGGAGCGGGCGCGCGUCAUCCAGGCCUACAGGGACAUCCAGAGGCGCAAACAGCUGGCACGGGAGCGUGCCCGGGCCGGGCCGGGAUGAGGACCUUGGGACUCGAGAGGGACAUUGCCCUGAUGCUCUUGUGUCACUGCUGAGCCCUGGGGCUCCCCACAGCUCCACACUGCGGCUCAGCGCUGGAGUGGGGUCCCUGCGGUGCCACAGAGUAAAAAGUGCC